GUGUGACCCAGCAGCAGCAGCAGGCUGAUGAGCCCUCCUCCUCCUCUCUGCCACCGUCAUUGGUCUCCCUGCAGCCGAGAGAAACCAGUCGGACGUCCACUGCGCCUACGAUUCACACUCUGCAGGACUCAGACACUCACCGGAGGAAUGCGUGGCGAAACACGGAGUUUAUUUGGCUUUUCCGAGAGGAGAACUCUCUUUUAACAAGUGCAUUUUCAUCUCUAGUAUGUUAGCUCCCGUCUAGAGCCGAUAAAGGAGUCAGAAAUGUCUCACCCGCCGCGGUUUGUCCAGCUCUCCGCCGCUUCGCUCGCCGUGGUCUUCGGCCCGGACGAAGAGAGUUUACGCGCCGGCGGAGGGAAACUCAAUGCCAACACUACGACUGGCCAGGAGAUUUUCGCGGACUUCAAGGCGCAGAACUUGCGCAGUUUCUGGAAUAAGAGACUCGUUAAAGCCAUCGCUGAGGUGUACUUUCAGGGAUGGAUGGAAAACUGGGUGCUUUUCAUUCAAGGGAACGCGAACAACUUGGAGGUGCUGAGAGAAGCGUGGAUGCGCAGGGCUCUGAGGUCCCCAAAGGGAUUUAUCAUUAAAGCUGUCGGUGACCUGUCCCCGGUGCAGAUGUCUCCUGUUCCUCAAUCCCAGUUCAUUCCCUUGGCUGAGGUGUUGUGCUCGGUCAUCUCAGAUAUGAACACCUCUCAGAUCAUCGUCAACCAGGAAGCACUUAUCAACUACAUGAGCAAAGCCCACCCAGGGAUAACCAUCCCCACUCAGGACAUCCUCUACAAUGCUCUAGGCACUCUGAUCAAGGAGCGCAAAAUUUACCACACAGGCGAGGGCUACUUCAUCGUUACACCUCAGACCUAUUUCAUCACCAACACCAUGGUCCGAGAAAAGAACUGGUGGACUUCUGGUUCAGCGGACGACCCUCCCUCACCUCCUCCUAUUACUUACCUAUUGAGCAACGAUGCUUGUGUUGAGAGCACUCAAACUCUGCCAGUGGCGCACUGCAAGUCUUGCAGCUGCUUCAGCCCUACUCAAACAUCCACUAAUGUUGCCUCCACAACUGUAACAGCCACCAUCCCUCCCUCCACUGUCCCAGACCAGCAUUCUGUCUCUGUUUCCGUAAGUGAAUGCACGGGCAAGAGCUUAAAGUGGCCCCGACCGUUAGAUCACAAACCCACGGUGCAGCAUCAGUCCACCUCCACUGCAGCAGAUUGUCAGGCAAGUGAGGUCAGCAAAACUACGGCCACUACUAACGCCACUGGCCGCAAAGACAAAGACAACAAGCCAGGGAGGAAGUUUGGUCUCAGUUUGUUUCGCAGGAAUGGAGGUAAGAAAGAGAAGCCAAAGAAGGAGUACGCAUCAUUUUCAGCCCAGUUCCCUCCAGAAGAGUGGCCAGUGAGAGACGAGGACGACCUGAACAACUUACCCCGUGACCUGGAGCAUGCCAUCAUCAAACGCAUCAACCCUGAACUGACUGUGGACAACCUGACGCGCCACACGGUCUUAAUGAAGAAGAUGGAGGAGAGAAGGGAGAGGGGGGUAGAGAGAGUGUUGGACAGGGUUCUGGAUAAAGACGAUAAGGGCGUAGACAAGGGAAUGUCUACUGAGAUCCUCGCAUUCUCAAAAUCCAAGCAUCACCACUCCUCUAAGGCAGGGAGAAGGUCCGCGCAGAAGGCCUCUCGCAGCAAGAGGAGGGCCCAUUCCUCCAGGGAGAAGCAGAAGGAAAGGGAGAAGGAGAGGGUUAGGAAUAAGGCCCCCAUAUGUGUGGACGAUUAUCCAGAGGGGGAGGAUUUGAUCCCUGCUCGGCUCAGAGUGGAAAUCCCUGUUGAUGAACCAGAUCAAGUGGAAGAAGGUGGAGCUGUUGAAGGGAAAUCUCUCUAUAAGAAACGCAUUGACAACCCUUUCCAUACUCAUCCAAACAAAGAAACUGAAACUGUUAUUCCUGCCACCAUCAAUAAAGAGCAUCGAAGACGAGAGGUGAAAGAGAGCAAGAUUUUAGGGCCAGGGAGGAAGGAUCGAACAAGUCACAGAUCCAAAUCUUGGGACCCGCAUCGCGCCAAAGCGAUCGUGGCAGACGGAGAGCAUGCAGGGAAAUCCCCUACAUCUGAGGACAGGUACGACCGUGUCCAUGAGAGGAACCUUACUGCCGAUCAUCUGCUCCAGGCAGACAUGAAGCUAAACAGAGAGCUGCCACUGGACUACAGCUCAGUCUACCCACAGAGCAGUACGCUCCGGAUAGAUGACAAGGUCCGACAUCAGAGGGAGGGAAACAGCAAAGAGAGCUGGGAGAGAGAAGGCAAAAAUGGGCAUUUUCAGGAGGUAGAUUACAACAUUGUACCAGAACACAGUCAAACUAUAGAUGACAGCCUCCAAUACUCCAAUACCAUUCUCCCUACCCAUCCCUACGAGCCUGUCGUAAACCACCCUUAUGACCCAACUCUACCCUGGCCCAAGCCCUCUUUACAGCGCAAACACUCCCUCAGACUCUCCAACCCACAAAGGGAUGAUAUUCAGAAGCCAGAGCUCCCUGCACACCAGCAGAGCUGUGAAACGACAGCCACCCAGGAACAACAGGAGAUAAGACCCGUCACUAUCAGUAACAGAGAGCAAAGGACCAUAAGCCAGGAAGAAAGACCAGAACUGAUCGCUGACAGUAAAAUAACAGACACUGAUCUCUUCAUAGAGGAUGACUACAGGCUCUAUCAGAGAGCGGAGGAACAGGAGGAUGAGGAUGCCUGCAGCUCCUUGUGUCUGAAUGAGGAGGAAAUUAUUGAUGCUGCAAAUGCGUACCGAGCAGGUACAGCGGACUACCAUGGCCACCAGUUGGUUUACCAAAACCAUGAUUCUGACUUGCAAUACCAGGGAACCCAUCAUCACUAUUAUAACUUCCACCAACCACAAGUCACCUUGAUGCAAGAUUCAAGGGACAGCACUUUUAAAGAUCUCAUUCCCCCAGCAACCCAGAGGGAAGCUUCCCUCAGCCCCACCAGAUCUAGAGAAACCAGCUGGAGACUCCAACAUCCCCAACAGAGGACUAGAUCACCAGGGGCCCAAAGUGAAUCCAGCCCAAGACAGGGUGCACUAAUCCAGCGGGACAGAGGACAUGAGGUUAACGUUGAUUUAGAUUGUCCUGAACCGUCUGAAGUUGCAGACAGUAGCAUCUUUGACUACUGCCAGACCAGUGAGAUAGAAUCAGACACAGAGACUGUCCGCAAGUCAGCCGAUGAGGGCGACGGAGAAUCUGCUCACUGGGCAGCUGAUGUGGAGGAAGUGCAGGAGGAUGAGUUUGGUGAGAUGGGUGUCCCUCAGACCCACAGAGCCGCUCUGAGCAUGCCCAAUGGAGCCAGAGGGGCAGAAACUGGGGAAGUGGUGGAAAUGGGAGAGAACCAGAGCAUCACAGGAGACAGUGGAAUAGAUUCUCCUCGGACUCGUGUCAGUCUGGCCUCCAGCAACACUGUCAUCCUGGAGGGUCUCAAGCGAAGAGGCUUUUUACAAAACUUGGAGAAACUGCACUCAAAGAGCAGCGCCAUUCGACCACAGAGCUCACUGCUACAGCUGACUCCUGUCAUGAACGUAUAGCAGGCCCGAGUCGCCUGUUUGAGGAGACGGAUCUCUUCAUGUAGCUCAGUAUGAACAGGCCAAAACCGUGUGCUUGACUCUCCAGGUCUAUGCAACUGCGACAUCAGAAACAUAUCCAGUAAGGAAGGUUUGUUGCCUACCCACAUAUUGAUGCCUUUUAAAACAGGGGACUGUGUACAGAUGUACAGUAUAUAUAUAUAUUUCUUUAUGUAAAUAAUUAUAAAGGGAAUAUGCUAUGAUUUAUCCAUUCAUCGAUGACCUUGUGUAUGUGCUGUUAAAUGCAUGGUAUACUGCAUUUUUUUCUGUGAUAUAAAUGUACAGUUUUCCUUCUCCACAGGCCUCAUUAGUUAAAAAUAGCAAUAUCAUCUCCUAGUGUUUCCUUUUUCCUCUUCUCAUGUAGCAGUUACCACCAAUAAAAGUGUAUAUG